UGCCUUGCCCUUCAAUUCCCCUGUUUGGAGCCCACAGACAUGAACACAAACAAAUCAAAGAACUAGAGAAUAAACACUUAAACGUAUCGUAAGACAAAGAGGAAAACUAGGUAUAAAUAUAUAAAUAUAUAUACAAGUAUGACAUGGAGAAAUGAGGUGUUUGAAAAUAUAUCAACAAGAGCCGUAGUGUAACUGAGCAUGCAGAGACGUCGUAAUUCCUAACACUAUCGUCAAGGCAAAACUAGAUUUCCAUUUGAGCGAAGGUGCGGCGAGCCCUAGACUCUAUUUCUAACGUUCGGACGUCCAGGGGCGACUGCGAGGAGGGCUGCAUGUAUGAGCGGAUGGGCGCGAGUCCAGAGCAUGAGGGUUGUGGAGUCGCUCCCGCAGAAUGUGUGUAUACAUUGGUUAUGAAACCGUCGCGAAAGAUCACGUAGGCGAUGGAUUGAGGGGAGGAAGCAAUUAGAAAACGGCGUAGAAUGUGCGUCAUCAAACCUGGCGUGGAUGCCGAGGAGGCUGUGAAAAGCUUUUGGGUCUCCAUCAUAUUACCAGCCGUGAGCAUCCAUGAGCUCAAAUUUUGUUUUUUGUGUUUUGUUUAUUUUGCCGAUUGGAUUGGUCGCGAAUGAUCUCAUUUUGAAAUCGUAUUUACUUGAUGUUGUUGCGUCAGUUAUUUUUUUAGAACUUGUUGUGAAGUUACCUCAGUGUUUAUGAUUUUUCGCAGCUGGGUCUUUAUUUCGGAUGUUGGGAAGUUGUGUUGAUCUUCGUUGUAUUGCACUUGGGACUCCUCCAGAGAGAGAUUCAUUGCAAAAAAGAAAAAAGAAAAGAAGAAGAAGAAGAAGAAGAAGAAGAAGAAUUGUUUGUUUAGGGCUUUCCUAGCUGGGUUUAGUGUUCACUUUGUGAAUUUGCAAUGCUGGGUUUUAGAUGUAAGGGUUCAGGGUUUUAGCCGCGUUUUAUUUUAAAAAACUGACCCCUUUCGAAGAGCCUGUAAUUUCUUCUUGUUGAUUGCGAGUUUGGGUGAAGGUAUUUCCAAUUCCUUGAAUUUGUGCGUCUAGCUUUUUAAAAUCUUUGGUGUCUUAUUUUGCACCUCCUCGUAGCCCUUUCCUGUUAUGAGUUUGAUCUGCGUUUCCUUUUCAUUUGCUUAUUUCUUUCUGUUCAAUGAUUUUUGUAUUUAUCUUAUCAUUUACUUUGAUAAGCUAGGAAUUGUGUGUUCUGCAUUACUCUUGAUUUGCAACCAUGAAUUUCAGAAGCACUCGCUUGUAAACCCUGAGCGCGAAGCCAGUGAUUUGGCGCUGAUCUGUGCUAAAGCAUAUUUUGGAGCUGGAAGGUGGAAGUUUUGGUAGAUAGGGGAAAAUCUGCAAAUGCCAGAGCAGAAGUCUUUAGCUGCAGCUACGGCGUCCGAAGGCGCGAAGAGGAAGAGGGAAGAUAUGGCACAUAGUGCGAAGGCUGGGGUUCAGAGGUACUUGAUUACUGUCGAGUACAUUGGCACACGCUUCCUUGGUUUUCAAAGGCAGAAGGGCAAGCGAACCGUUCAGGGUUGUCUCGAGUCUGCUUUUGAGAAGUUCAUUGGUCAGCCUGUUAUCAGUGCCGUGUCGAGCCGCACGGACACGGGAGUACAUGCUCUUGCUAACACAUGCCACGUUGAUGUUGAGCGGAAAAGCAAGAGAAAACCAGGUGAAGUGAUGCCUCCGCAUGAACCACGGGUCGUGCAGACGGCUAUCAAUCACUUCCUUCAUGCUCAAAAAGAUGCUGGUGACAUGGCGGUUGUAGGCGUGCAGUGUGUGUCUCCGGAUUUCCAUGCUCGUUACCGAGCCCAAGAACGCACAUACCAUUACCGUGUCCUAACGGGUAAUAGGCAGAUGUCAGUUUUUCAGAAGGAUCAAGCUUGGCACGUAUCGGAGGAGUUGAACCUUACAUCCAUGAUGGAAGCUUGCAAGGUGCUGGUUGGACAUCACGAUUUCAGUUCCUUCAGAGCUACAGGAUGCCAGGCAAAUUCUCCUAUUAGGACACUGGAUGAGCUACAUGUCUGUGAAAUGCCUGCAUGGCCAUGCUUUCCUUCUCCAGAAGAGAGGCAACAGUCGUCACAGAAUGCAGAGACAAAAGAUUUAGAGAGCACUACAAGCGAAUUGAAGGACCCAAUCUUGACAUCAAAGCUAGGCACCUCUGAGAAGUUGCGGUGCUUUGUUAUCACAGCAAGGGCUAGAUCGUUUUUAUAUCACCAGGUCCGGCUUAUGGUUGGGACGCUGAAAGCUGUUGGAUGCGGGGAUCUAACAGUGCAGGACGCGGAUUUUAGAUGCUCGGACCAUUACACAGGCACCCGCGAUGGCACCAGCCUGCGGACUCUACCUUGCAAAUGUGAAGUACGAUUUCUCUGAUGACCAUGAACACAGUUUAAAUGUUGAUGAGGAAAGUGAUUAAGGGGCGAGUUGCGGGGAAAGAUACAGUUGCCGCGUCGAAAUGUGAUGCCCAGUAGCAACAUAGAGAGGAAUGUUCGUUAGUAUUCCCGUGUCCGGCGGUCCAACAAAGACACUUCGUAUGAUUCGGUUGUGGUGCUAUCUUUUAGUGCUGAAAACAAUGAUAGAGGUUCCAAAAUUUUGUGAAGGGGUAUCCUGUUGGAUGAGCUGUGACAAGAGUGAAUGGAGUAUGUGGGAUUCACGGACAUCCUGUUAGAUAGGCACUUGUUCAGGAACCGUUUAUCUUGCGUGAGGCUCGAAGCUGAUCAGUGCGAUGCUUCAUGCUGAAUCCAGCACUGUUUAUCAUAACUAUGGUGUUUCUUGCACCUGGUGUCUGCACUACUCACGUCAAUGAAGUUAAGGCUGUUUAUACUGAUGCAUGAA